GCUUCACGCUCUUCUAGUCUCGAACCGUUCUUUCGUUCAUUCCCGUUCAUUCCCGUUUUCACGUGUCAGCCAAGCGAGAACAGCCGCUCCUGAGUUCGCGCAGGGGUUGUUUCCGCUUUCGUUUAUUUUUUUCUUACCCUCGUUCCGUGAAAAGAAAGAAACUUCAACGCAUGUCCGUAACUUCCUCGCGGUUCGACGUUGCCCGUUACGAUGAAACGAAUCGUCCUCUGCUCUCCUAUCCGUCGUGUCGCGCGACUUUGCGAAACUACCGUGGCUGUAUCGAGGAUACAGGUUCUUACUCUUUGAAGAUUUCUACGUUUCACUAAGUAGAUGAGAAACGUUCGUUCGAUGGAACGCGUCGGAAUCGAAGGACAUGUCCGAGAAGAGUUUUGCCCGUUACAACGACGAGAAAAGAACGAGCGAGAUGUUGGAGGAGAAGUUAUCGAGAAAAAGGAGUACAGCACAGAGAAGAUGGCGUAUCCUGGCUAAGGCGUUGAUGGGAUCGCAGGACGAGGUGUCCAUGAACGUGGAGGAUGAUUCGGCAGAGGACGAGGUGUCGGUUCGUCGUUUCACCAGCUUCGGUUUGUUAAUGGUUAAUGAGAAGCCGGCUACCGAACCAGACUCCACCAGCUGGUACGAGUAUUCCACCGUUUUGGAGAACAAACUGUUCACCGUGCAGAUACGUCGGAUAAAGAAAAACUUUACCGCCAACGAAUUGAUCGGCUUCAACAAUACCGGUAACAUAUGCGUCUGGCCGUCGGAGGAAUGCUUGGCCUACUAUCUAUUGAAGAACCGACAAAUCUGUCAAGACGCGAGAAUACUGGAACUCGGUGGCGGUAUGAGCUGCCUGGCUGGCGUGAUCGCCGCCAAGUAUUGCGAUCCGAGGAAAGUCACGUUGACGGACGGUAAUGCGACCAGCGUUAACAACGUUCGCAGCAUCGUGGCUAGAAACGGCAUGGCCGAUUUUGUCGAUUGCGGCGUUCUUCAGUGGGCUAAAACGGCUAAGAUGUUCAGAGCAGCCAGGUCGGCGAAAACGUCCAAUGGCCUUCGAAUCAAGAGCUGGACCGGAAGCGGCAAGGAUCCGUGGAAAAUUCUGGAAAAUGUUUACGACGUGAUCCUGUGCGCGGAUUGUCUGUUCUUCGACGAGGCCCGUUCGGACUUGGUGGAAACGAUCUACGGCUGUUUGACGAACGACGGAGUCGCGUUGCUGAUGGCACCGAGACGCGGCACGACCUUCCAAAAGUUCGCGGAAGCAGCGGUCAAACGAGGUUUCGUCGCGCGACAGAUUGACCGUUACGACGCGAACAUUUGGUCCAUGCAUCUGGAGUUGUUGGAGCAUAGCCAGGAGUAUUGUCCGGAUCUUCACUAUCCCAUCCUUCUAGAGCUGACGAAGCAAAAGAAAACGCCACCCGGAUGAUCCGUAUCGACUACGACCGCGACCGCUAUCGCUCUCGAUAACUGUUCGACCGAGACGGCUGUGCGCCUUUUACCCCGUUAUUUUCCCUUUUCACACCGAUUACCUAUCGCUUUAUUCCUUUCGUUCGUCCAUCGACUUGUCUCUGUCUUUUUUCCCUUUUUUCCCUUAUCGUGCAAUCGUUGAAAGAUCGGCAAACUAAGUUGUCCAUUGGUCGCGGUACGCGUUGACCGAAGCGACUCGUGAACGAUAGUAUUCCAAGUACCUGAUAUUAGACUGAUAGAAUUGGAAGAUUAUUGAUCGCGAUCCUCGCAACUCCAUCGCUUUUAGUUUUCGCAGAAUUCAUUUUUUUUUUUCUUUCUCUUAUAGGUAACACAACGACAACGAUCAAUUCCCGAUUCUAGUCGAAUUACGGUGUUCGCGUUGGAUUCUUAUCGUAAAUUCGUUAGAGUAUUAGACAUCGAUUAAGCUUACCUAUCGAGGGUCCAAGGAGAAAGAUUCUUUCGCUAAGGAUUUUUCUACGAAUACGACGAAAGAUCUUUCUCACGGUAGAUACGUUUAUCAUUGCCAUCGGUGAUCGUUAAAAGACACUCUAUGAUUAUAUGACUCUAUGACACUUUGCUGAUAUGUAUAUCGGCUGAUCGGGCAGAGGAGAUAUCGAUGCAAACUCGAACGUAUUUCCUUACAAAUCUCCUCUAGUUUUAUUUCUCUGACUUUUCCUACGCCUUGGCAAGAGAUAGUAAAUGCGAAACUAUGCCUAAUCGUUACAAAGUAAAUCGUACGAUUCCCUGUCGUAUUCGUUUUUCUCUUUUCUCCUCGUUAAUUUAUUAUUUCUUCGUUUUGUUUUUGAGUUUGCGUGCUACGAUUCGCGUUACGAAAGGGCAAAUGCUCUUGUUAAUUACCUCAAAGUGCCUAUUUAGCAUAGGUCUUCUUUUUCCUCGCAAGUUUAUCGUUUUCGACACAGACCUUGCUGUUAUCUUAUUAAAGGACCAAUCUAGUUAAGACGCUAGUCAAAGCUACCAAAUUUCCAUCCUUAUCUACUUAUAGUAUACCUUAACAGUUUACAGUUUAUAGUUUACGAUUUACAGUUUACAGAGAGAAUAAUGUAUAUUUGUACUACGUCGUGUAAGAUAUGCAAGAAAAAAAAGAGCGUACAGAAUAAUAAAAUAUUUUUACUUAAAAA